AUGAUUCAAUUGGGAGAAAAAGUGACAGAAAAAGCAAUUGAUAUUGCUGCAGAAAAGGGUCGCCUUAAAGUAGUUAAAUAUUUACAUUCUAUAGGAUAUAAAGGUUCAGAUCGCGCAUUUGAUUUUGCUGCAAAAAAUGGUUACUUGGAAGUACUUAAAUAUUUACAUUCUAUAGGAUAUAAAGGUACAAAAGAUGCAAUUAAUUGGGCUGCAAGAAAUGGUUACUUGGAAGUACUUAAAAAUUUACAUUCUAUAGGAUAUAAAGGUUCAGAUCAGGCAUUUGAUUUUGCUGCAGAAAAUGGUUACUUGGAAGUACUUAAAUAUUUACAUUCUAUAGAAUGUAAAGGUACAGAAGAUGCAAUUAAUUGGGAUGCAGAAAAUGGUUACUUGGAAGUACUUAAAUAUUUACAUUCAUUAGGAUAUAGAGGAACAGAUUGGGCAGUUAAUUGGGCUGCAAGAAAUGGUUACUUGGAAGUACUUAAAUAUUCACAUUCUAUGGGAUAUAAAGGUUCAGAUAUGGCAGUUAAUUUUGCUGCAGGAAAGGGUCACCUUAAAGUACUUAAAUAUUUACAUUCUAUAGGAUAUAAAAGUACAGAUUUGGCAGUUAAUUUUGCUGCAGAAAAGGGUCGCCUUGAAGUACUUAAAUAUUUACAUUCUAUAGGAUAUAAAAGUACAGAUUGGGCAGUUAAUUGGGCUGCAAGAAAUGGUUACUUGGAAGUACUUAAACAUUUACAUUCUAUAGAAUGUAAAGGUACAGAUUAA